AUGCCCUUCUACAAGCGGCGCGUGGUGCCAACGCGCCUGUGGCCAGCCCGUGCCGCGCUGCCCCUGCCGCUGACCGAGCUGCGCGACGUGAGCGGCGUGGCGGCCCUCAGCUUGCUUCGGCAGCUCGCCGACCUGUGCGGCCAUUCCCUGGCGCUGCUCGAGGAGCUCGAGGGCCACCUGCUGGCGUUGAGCCGCCGGACGGCCCGCCUGCAAGAGCGCACUGGCCGCCUGCACCGCCGUCUGCAGCACUCGGCUGCCCCCGGCCCUGCUGCGAGCCCCGAGCCAGCUGCCUCCAACUUGGGUCUUGAGAAUAAGAAAACUGCUACCCACCCCAAGUCGCCAUGGCAACAGCCAGUGAAUGUGUUCCUCUCCUCCAGCCGGCCCCCAGGUGUGGAGGAGCUGCAUCAGGAAGCUCAGCUUAAUCUCCAGAGCUUGCUGCAAGAAGAAUAUGAGGAACAAUAUUCGGAGGCCCGGAUUUCUGGACAGACCUUCCGCACUCCCACCCCAGAUGACCCCCUGGAGCCCGCUAUCAGCCCAAGGCCACAGUCUGCCAAGCGCCUGGAGUUUGUGUUGAUGCCCACGAGCCAAAGAGGGAACGGAGACAAGACCACCACGCAGGGUGUGAGGCCCCCUGAGUCCUCCCUGAGCCUGCCUGCCUCUCCAGACAAGCAAAACACCUGGAGUAGACCCUUCCCACUGCCCAUCCUGGAGGAGAAGAGGUGGCAUCCAUCGUGCUCCACCCAAGGCAGCAUCGUGCCCAUCAACAUCUCUGGACAGCAGUUUGAUAAACAUGCGAGUCUGCGACACUCCUUGUUUAACACAGAGACUGCAGUGAACCCCAAGUCCACCCUGAGGCGGCGACGGACCAUCAUUGGCUUCCCUCACCUCUCCUUGCGAGACCAAGGUCGGAGCAACGGGCAAGUCCACGCUGCUGAUAAAGAGUCUGCCUCCUGGAACACAACUCCAGAAGUGGCCAAUGGAAAGGGUGUGGCUGGCCAUGAAGCAUGUUCCCCAAAAGUGAUUUGCCCAGCACUGAGAAAGACGCCCAGUAACCUAGGACAGAGUGGCUCAGCUUCACCCAGCAUGGAGGGCAUGGGGAUGGUGUAUAGCGUCCCCUCUUCUUGCAAUGGACCAAAGGAUUCGACAUUCUCUCCUCCAUGGAAAGGAAGCUGCUUUAAUUACAUGAGCCCGACUAGUCCUGCUCCAGAAGACAGCAGUCAAGUCAAAGAAAAUGGGAAAUAUCCUUUGACAUACAAUUCUCAGGGGUCUCUAAAUGUCCUCAGCCCCGGGAACUUGGAAGAGACUGGCUCUGUUUCGGUUGCUCAGGAUGACCAGGCUUGCUGCCCUGAGUCCCCCACUCCGAGAAGCCAAGAGCCAGGGAGAGACUACAAAGGGGGUCCCCUUCCCAGCAACAGACCAGGGGAAGGGGAGCCCACGAGGCCAGAGUCAGACCCAAGUGCCUGUAGAUUCCGGGAGAGGUCACUCUCUGUGCCAACAGACUCGGGCUCUGUGUGCUCAGUGGAUGGGGGCUGUGGAGAGGACCAGCAGGGCAGCGAAACUGGCACCCUGGCCUACCCCAGUGCCAGCUCUGAAGGCAGUGCCAGUACCGACAAUGUCUCCUCUGUUGGAGCUGAGCCCAGACCAAGAAGGUCCAAGAGCAUCUCCCUCAAAAAGGCCAAAAAGAAGCCUUUGCCACCAAUGCGCAGCGUCUCCCUGGUCAAAGAUGAGGCUGUCCUCCAGCCAGAAGCUGGGCCCAGCUUGCCCAAGGACCAGAGGCCUAGAAGCCUUUGCCUGCCCCUUGAACACCAGGGACAUCAGUUUUCCUCCACAGAUGCUCAGGGCCACCCAGCUGUGCCUACUCUAAGGGAGACAGAAAGCACACAUUUCUCCCACCACUGGUAUCUCACUGACUGGAAGUCUGGCGACCCCUACCGGUCUCUGUCCAGCUCAAGCACUGCCACUGGGACCACGGUGAUGGAGUGUGUGCAAGUGAGGGGGAGCUCAGAGUCUCUGGCUUCCCCUUCCACCUCUAGGGCCACCACGCCUUCCCAGCUUUCCACUGAGGCAGAGGCUCGGGAGGUGUCAUCCCCAGGGCGGCCAACAGGACUGAUGUCACCUUCUAGUGGGUACUCAAGUCAGUCUGAGACACCAACACCCACCGUUCCCACCACGUCCGUGAUGCUCGGUCAUUUACCUCACACAAGCAGCAGUGGCCGGGUACGACCAGUGGUCCCAGAGAGAAAAUCAUCUUUGCCACCAACCUCGCCAAUGGAGAAGAGCCCCAAGUCACAGCUGUCAUUUGACCUACCGUUGACCCCUCCGGCCCACCUGGACACAUCGGGGAUGAAGAUCGCCCUCCGGGGCAAAGCCAAGGUGAGCCGGCAUCACUCGGACUCAACCUUUGGAGCAAAGUUGGCCCAGAAGACUAGCCCCAACCAGCCGAUCAUGCCUGUGGUCACCCAAUCUGACCUGCGCUCUGUUCGGCUGCGGUCAAUCAGCAAGUCAGAGCCGGAAGAUGAUGUUGAGAGCCCAGAUCCAGCUGAGGAGUCUGGGCUGGAAGUCUUCCCUGUGCUGGAGAGAAAGGUAAAGCCUCCAGUGGCUGAAAAGCCUUCAGUGGCCAAAAGGCCCCAGAACCUGCUUUCCAAGGAGCCUCUGCCAACCUCCCCCACCUUGCUCCUGACUACUGAGAAUACGACCAGCCAGGCCAAGCCCUCCCCUCAGGAUAUCUAUAUGGUCGUGCGGAAACCAAAGGCUCUCCGAACUCCCAAUAGCCAGAGCCCAGCGGCAGGUCCCUUGGAAGAGGAGCGCCCCAAGACGAGGCCUCUGCCAGAGAGAGUCAGUGUCCAGAGUCUGGCUGAGGUGGAGAGAAGAAGAAGCAAGGUCCCCCCUCCCGUGCCCAAGAAGCCUAGCGUGCUGCACCUGCCCACAGCCCUGCCCCUCCCCCAGCCGGGGGCCACUGCGGCUGAGCCAAAGCUUGUUCCCAGUCCUAUCAUCACCCUGGAUGAAGAUGUCAACUCUCAGCUGAGCCCCGAUGGCCUACAGGCCCCAAAUGCCAAGGAGGAGCUCUUUAAGCCAGUGGCGGACAGCGGGAUUGAGACAAGCCUUCCAGGAAGUUUCAUGGAACAGAGCACUGAAGAAAAACAUUUUGCAAGUGACAAAACAGCAGAAUCCAUAGCAGAAGAUGAUGACGAUGUAUUUGUGGCAUCUCGUACAACCGAAGACUUAUUUACAGUCAUACACAGGUCUAAAAGGAAGCUGCUUGGCUGGAAGGAGCCUGGUGAGGCCUUUGCCAGUGGCAGAUUAAGUUCCCAUUCGACAGCCAAGAACCCAGCUGGCUCUCCAACCAGUGAGGCUGCCACCAUGGGCAGCAGCAGCGGCGGCGGCGGCAGUGGCAGCAAUAGAACCAGCAGCAGAAAUGAAGACUUCAAGGCUCUACUCCAAAAGAAAGGGAGCAAGAGUAGCCUGGGCUCCCGGCCGUCAGCGGCAGAGCUGCUCAAGACCACCAAUCCCCUGGCUCGCAGACUUGGCUCGGAGUUUGCCGGGGACCAAGACAGCACCAACGUGCCUGGUACCUAAGCACUUCCAGGAUGGCUUUGGGGAUGGGGAAGCUGGGAAAGACUUCAGAAAGGCAACGGUGAAAAAGAGAAAAACAUGAACUCAGAACCUGGACUAUCUGGACUUCAGGGAAUGUCCCCCUGACAGCUUCUUCAUCUUGAGCUCAAACUAGCAAGAAUUUCAAUGAACUUCCAACAUUUAAGGUUUGAUCCUUAUGGUUCUGUCAUUAUUGACCGCUGAUGAUCCUGCUAGUGUUUUGGUGCCAAGGGCACAGGCACCAUGUUGGAAAUUCCUGGAUGGCCUGAGUUAGCUCUUCUCCCACUAGGCUCCCUUCUUAUCCUGGAUGAGGCUUUCCAGCCUGGUGGGAAGCAGUAGGGGGUAGGGCUCCCUCCAUUCACCUGCCUCGCUCUAACGUUCUUCCCUCUUUAGUGUGGAGAUGCCAGAAGGACUGACUUCUUUUCGGCCACCAUCCGAAUUCUCCCCGACAGAGUCGGCGGGGUCAAUAACGCAAAAAGUUAUUCUUUCCUUCAAUGUCCUAUCUCUUUCCGAUUGCUUUUCUAUACGGAGAUCAGGGUGAUGAGUCCAAACAAAUCUCUCUAUUUUGGUUUUGGCUAAGACAGCCAAAUAGAGUCAGUUCCAUUCGGGUUGCUUUGAAGUACCAAGCUUGUCCAAAGUGACAGUCAUUGGUUCAUUUAAAGCACCUCUCUAUGAUGACUCCCUACCAUUUCAAAUGUUCCUUCGUCCCCAGUGACAGCAAGGGACGGCAAGGGUCUGUGCCGAAAUCCAGUGAGCACACUGGAAGUCCCUGCUAAUGCUGCAUCCACUUUCAUUUACACAAAAUCAAAAGAAUAGAGGUGGAAGGAAGGAGGUGAAAGAAAACCAACCUAAAUGAGGAUAAGAAAUCCAUUGGACUUGUGGUAUUUUGUAAAAGAUAAAGAAGUUGCUAUUCGAGAAAAAAAAAUUAGGGAGAGGGACAUUAAAACAUGAUAAUGCCAAUUUAAAGGGAGCAAUCCUAUUUUAGUCAAGUAUUUCUGCUAAUUAAGUAUUAUGCUCCCUUGUUUCCACACUGCUAAGGGACUGCAAGUGCUGUCAGCACCCUUGAGAUCCUGGUGUCCUGGCACAAAGCCCCAGCUGCCUUGCCCUAGUUACAAGUAGAUCUGUUUCUAGUUGGUGAUGACCAGUAGUGAAAUGGGGGAAAAGGCAGUUAGGCAUGUAGCUAGGGAAGAAACAAGAAGACAAGGGCAAGGAGCACCAGCUGGAGAAUGAUCUAGAGUGGGGUGUGUACCAUCAUCCCCACGGAAUAUUGUCCAACAAAAGUACUACAAGCCCCAAAUGGCUUCCUGGGAGUUGCCACCUUCCUGCUGUUCCAUGGCACUUGUGAGAGCUCAAGUCUGAUGGGAUCCUGGGUGGUAACAGAACAGCUCCCACUGGAUCCUCUGCCUAUGGGGCACUUGCCUGCUGUCACUGAGCGAAAGGAAACUCCCCAAUGGGGGGGGGAGCCCAGCCAACUGCCCAUAAAGGCCCAUAGGGCUUGGCUACACAAGCCAGUUGAAAAGCCCCUCCUCACUGCCCCCUUGUUCUAGAGAGAUGCCAGGCCUGCCUGCCUUCAUCCCACACAAGAGGGAGGGAGCAGAACCAGUUCUGGAAGACAGAGGACUGCUUUGGUAGGUGAGGGGGCCCUACACAGCAGGCAGACAACAAAGAUAUCUGGGGCUCGACGAGGGUGAGGCCAAUGAUUCCUGACCCAAUACCAGGUACCCCCAGGACAGCAGCUCUGUGUGGCCUCUGGCUUGGGCAGACUUGACUCUCCCCUCCUCCCAGGCUCUCUCCAGUGAGGCUUGUUUGGCCAUUAGUAAUUGGAGAAAGCUGGCUGUGGAUUUGGCACAUCUAUAAUAGCUUCCCUCUUUCUGCAGCCCCAAGCUCAAACUGUGUGACUGCCUAUGUCCUUGCCCCAACUUGUGGGCACUCAAGGAACACCAAUGUACUGGUGUGAUUAAAGCCCUCCAAUAUCCUUGGAGCAAACAUUUCAUCCAAUAUCCUGGGCUAGGAGUCGGGGGCCCUGGCUUAUAAUGCCAGCUUGGCUGCAAGGCCUCCUCUCCUCUGGGAAAUGAAGGGGCUGAGUUGGCUCUGAGCCGAUGCUCUCUCUCCCAUUUCUUUGGAGUGUUGGGGCUUGUGUCCAUUAUCUCAUUAGACGCUCAUAGCGCCCCUGGGAGGAAGGUUAGGGCCAGUAGGAUGGCUUCUCCCCAUUUUAUGGAGGAUCAGAUAGGUGCAGCAGCUAAUUAGUGGGAGUGCAGGGGCCUAAAUGGAGGUCUCUGCCUCAUGCAAAGAACCAGAACUAGUAGGUGCCAUGGGCCACGCCUCCUCUCCUUGGUGCCUGAUGUUCCUGCACCUCUGCAGCUCCACUGGACUGGUGGGGCCACUGUCCUCAGAGGACCACCACCGCAUCACCCUUCUUUCAUGGCCUGAUGAGGGACUGUACACUGCGUUGACCACUGUGCCCACCCUCAACCUUGCUCAAUGGACUGACUUUGUCUUCAUUACUGCUGCGCUCUUGUACCAUAUUCCUCCUGCCCCAGAGGCUUUUUUCCCCGCGGUUUGGACACAAGUUUUGAGCGUCAACACGUUCAGGGAAGCAUUCGUGUGUCCCCGACUGUUUAUGGCCUUCUACUACAUUGUGGAAAUACAUGUAUGAGCUUGUAUGCUAAAGCAGUGUUGAGACGAUUGUAACCAUUGUUCUAAACAUGUCUAUUUGUACCCUCCCUUAUAACUUAACUAGUCAAUGGAAAGACUUGUUCCCCAGUUGAUGGAUGGGGCUCUUGCCCUCCGAUUUCCUUUUGCUGAUGUAUGUGCUCAAGUUUUCACAGCGAGGUAUAAUUUGCCCUUCCAUCAGUGGCAGUGAGAGGCAGGUGGUGUGGUGCAGAGAACCCUGGGUUUGGCUUCAGUCCUAGCUUUGUGCUUGAGGCUACCCAUGUGACCUUGGACCCGCCCUUUCCCUUCCUUGGACCUAAGUUUCCUUCUCUUGAUGAUCUCCAAGGUCUCUUCUAGCUCCGAUCAUUCUAGAAACCAGUCAUGGCCUCAGAGGUUCUUGUCCUCCAUUAAACACUCAGUAAUGGAUUAGGCAUUCUCUGGGCAGCAAGGGCUUCUGGUCCUUGUUCCCAGUUCAUUGCCUAUGCUUAUGUGUUAGUGAAUCCUCAAUCUUGUCAGGAAAUGUUGUUUGAUUCCUCAAAAGACACCUAUCCCAACAGGUAAGACAAAUCCAAGCCAAUCUGAUAAACAUUUCUUAUGCACCUACUAUGUACAGUGCAUUGUGCUAGGUACUGGAGAUAGAAAGACAAAAGUGAAAAUAAAGGUCCUGACUUAAUGGGGUUUCCACUCUCCUGGCCAGGGCCCACCACUAUGAUGUAGGGAAGAGAGGCCUAGGUCAGGAGUCAAAGGGCCUGGCUUCAAAGUCUGCCUUUGACACUUCCCUUAGCUAUGUGACCUUAAGCCAGUGAGAGGCUUGGGCAUGAAAUCCAGGCUUCUCUGAAUCUUAGGAAGUUCAGUUUGAUUCAAUGCAUAUUUAAUGAACCUAACUGUUCUCCAGGCAUGAGCUAAGCCAAAGUAGCUUGAAUCUGGGAAAGGCCCAGUCUCCUGUCUGCCUGGUUUUUCCCUCAAUCGUCUCUCUGAUCCCCUCAUAGUCUCCCCCUUCCUCCUUAUCCUGCUCUGGAGGAAGGAUCACUAAGGUAACACCCUCUACUAGUCAAUAUCACAUCUAGCCAGGAAUUCCCAACAGUGGUACCAAAAGCCAGGGAGCAAGUGUCACUCUGUUAACACUGUGUAAUUAAUGUAGAAAGAAGAUCAUUCUCCAUUUAAUUAGGAUACCGGAAGCACUGAAAAAGUUUCGGAUGUGUCCCAGGUGGGGAAGGUGGAAUUGUCCCAUCGCCAUCCAUGCCUCAUGGGGGCGGCCUUCCAUUUUACUUGGAGCUUCCUCCGCCCAACAGAAGUACCGAUUUCUUCUUUCCCCAUGUUCUUUGGAGUUGUCACCACCAGUCCUUGCAUUGAUUUCUUCCUUCCACAUUGUCUUCAAGUUGAUGUGUAAAGGAACCCUCCCCCAUACCCCAGCCUCCUCCCUCCCUUUGCCUGUAUAUGGUGAGAUGCUGCUGGUAAAGGUAUUUUGCCUCAGAGACAAGAGCAGUCUUAGCAAAAAUCUAGCAAAGAAUGUGUAUUGAACACCCAAAUCAGCAAGACAUAGAAGGGUUUGCCAAAUAGAGUGUGGAGUGUGUGUGGGGGGAGACUUUUAUUUUAUUUUUGAGGGACAAUAUAAGUGAUCCCAGCAGCUAACAGGGAGCUUGUAAUAAAUUCUAAGCAGACAAAAGCUUCCUGGGGCCCCGACUCAAUCAAAGUGACCUCGAGGUCAUCAGCAUAAGUACAGUGCAGAUGGUAACCUUUCUGUGCCUCAGUAGCCCCAUUGGGCUUUGGUGAGUUGCUGAGACCAAAACCCUCCAUUUCCCUCCCCCACCUCAGCCCAGUCAGGUUUUUGCUGCUGAAUCUCUCCACACUUAGCCCCACCUGCUGUCUACAAUGGACACAUAGUUAGUCCAUAGCCAGGGCCAGACCAGAACCCUUUCCAGCUUUUUUGGCCCUUCCAGAGUUUGGGCCCCACUAGCACUGCCUUCAAGAAGCACCAAGAGACUUCCAUAGAGAACUUUAGCACAUACAUCCCUCCAACAGAUCAAUGACCUCACACAUGUGGGAUCACAACCCCUCCAAGCCUGUCCAUCCUGUGCAAUGCUUAUCUAUGUCCUCCCAUUAAGUUCACUACAAGAGGUCCACUCAAUAUGCUAGGGCCCUUCCUCAUGUUCUGUUGCCAUUGUGAAGAUACCAAUGGAAUACUCAUUGGCACCCAUGGACUACAUGAGACCUUAAAAAACAAGUUACAUAAGCUUUGAGCUCCUGAUCAAUGACUCUUGUAAAUACCAUAUACAAAAUAUGAGCACGAUGCUGCCGAAUGACUUCCAAGAGUGAGGCAAUGCUUUAUGCAUUAUGCUACUGGGCUUGUAGCUGACUCACUGCACAAAUAGGGUACCCAGGGUGAAUAUAAAGGGAUCCUAGAGUUAAUCAGUUUUACUGGGCAGGAGCCCAUUUCUCUCCUAGAAUGAGGAGUGGAUAAGGGUGAGAAUGGAAGUGGAACACCAAUACACCUGAGAACAGAAAAGGGGGAAUUUAAAUGACUCCCAAUAUCCCUUUUUCGGGGACUAAGUCUUAAGGUACUUGUAGCCUAUAGACUUUAAGCUUUGUUGCAUUUCAAUUAGGUUGAAAUUAUUUCCAGAUACCUAAGAUAGGAAGGCUGUUUUAGCUAGAUUUUUCUUUGUAUGUGUAUAAAAUGAAAUUAGUUCUUGAUUUGCAGUAAAAGCUUUCUUUCCACAACACUCUGACUCCAGCCAAAUGAUAGCUCCCUCACACCUUGCACUUCCCUCUCCUGUGAUUGUGAUCAUGAUAACCAGAGAGCUAUAAAUCAUGCAGAACUACAACUAGGGCAGGGCAACUAGGUCUUUGCCCUAGGGAAUGGAAAUUUAGAGACUGUUGAUCUGAAGUGUAGAAAAAAAAAGUGAACUUAACAUCAUCAUGUAAUAUAGGAAGCUAUUCCAUGGCAUACUUCUUCCCAACUAUUGUAUUCUAAGUGAGCUUCCUCCCAUGCAGUAUGGUAUCUUUGCUGGUAUCUUUGCUCCUAUCCCUCCAUGAAUGGUUCCAGGUGUUAAAAUUGCUAGUUACAACUCUGAAACUAUCACAUGAGAACCAGUUGUUUCAUGUCAGAUGGAACAUGGUCACUGCCAUCAUCACAUUUCCGAAGGGCUGUUCUAGAGAGACAGGAGGAGAUGCAGAACGAGAAGUAGUGAGUAAAAGUUACUUGGAAGCAGAGUAUAAAGAAGGACUUUCUUAGUUUCUGGACAGGUUCAAACAGAGGCUGUGGGAACAUUUCUCAGAAAUAUUGUUUAGGGAAUCAACCAUUCCAACCCUAUAUGUCUAGGAUCCUGGAUCCACCUUUAGAAAUUACUUUGGUCAUCAUCACGGCUAAGUCCCAAGCCAUCUACCAAUUGCCCAAAAGCUCAGAUAGUAUUAUUUCUGAUGUUAAGUCAAGCAGAUUGGAGCACACGGAUACAUGUCAUCUGAUGGAUUGCCCUGUGAUCAGCUGGCAAAUUGUCAAUUCUGCCAAUCAAGCAUGCUGGCUGUGUGUCACUGCAUUAAGAGUAUUCCAUCUUAGGAAUCUGUUUACAAUGCCAAAGAUCAUAGAGCUGAAUGGGACCUCCUUGUGUCACAGAUGGGGAAACUGAGGUAAAACAACUUUAUAAGCUCAUAUGGUGACUCUCCUGUUCAUGGUGUCAGCUUGUUUGGCAGGGAAAGAUCUUUUCAUUCUUGUCUUCAUUUGAAUGCCUAAUCCUUGGGAGCAACAGGCAAAAGUGGUAUUUGAUUGCAACCUCUUGCCUUAGUUAAAGCAAUUUUCAAAUGGUCAAAUUCAAUAGCAACCUUAGUUUCAGUUCAAUGAUUCAAUGAUUCAAUAAACAUGUAAGCCCUUGCUCUGGGUCAGGCCCCACACUAGGCUCUCUUACAUGAUAUUUGGCUGAGUCUCUGGCCAGUUGCCACCUUAAAGUGCUCGGUAGCUCCCACCUUUACUGGCUGGGACUUUGCCACACUCUGGAGACUGACUUCAUUUUGCUCCCUUUGCUUUUCAGUCUCUAAGUCCGUCAGAUCUUAGGCAUGCAUCGUGCUCACUGUACUCAUCAUCCCAAACUUAUAUCAAUCACGUGGUAGUGAAUGUAAGCCAUUUGUGUUUCUUGAUCAAUUUUACAUUAUAAAUUGUCUAAUCAUGUUUCCUCUGGCUGAUAGUAAAAUGAUAUUCUCUUUU